UGUUAUACGUUAGCCUACCGCAUAACGUAAUGUCUCAAAUCGUAAUGGACUCGAAAGACUGUUUCACUUGCUUCCGCAAUUCGGAAAACUAUUUAUUCAUUCUCGAUACCACACAGGGUAUCGCUGAAUUGCUCGUGCAACACUUUUGGUUUCAACCGGAAGAUUUCAACGAAGAACAAAUUCUGUGUCACUCUUGCUGGAAUCAGCUGGACAGCUUCCACCGAUUUUUUGCUGACGUUCAGCAAAAUCACCUCCGCAAGUCGUCAGUCUCAGAUAUUAAACAGGAAUUUAUAGAUGUUGAAUUGCCACCGCAGGAGCCUGAAAUUACAUUGGAGAUAAAACAAGAGUACUCCGAUAAUGACGAGGAUGGAAGUUCGGGAGAAGAGUUCAAUCCGAAACCCGCAGAGGAUUCGCUUACUAGUGAAAGUGACACGGGUUCGGGACAAGCUGCAAUCAAACCGAAGCGUAAGUAUGUUCGUCGUGAAAAAUUGGAGGAAUCAGAUGCGAAACAGGAACGUAUCUAUCACGCUAAAACUGCUGAACAGCUAGCCGAAGAAGACGCAAUUAUUCAAACUCAUGUAAAAUACAUUUGCGAUAAUUGCGGGAUCAAUUGUCCAACAUUUGCCACAUUCCAGAAGCAUGUCCAGGAUGAGCAUGGCACCAAAGGUUUCAUUGUCUGCUGCGGUCAACGCUACCACAAGAAAGUGCACUUGCUUGAACACGUGCAAAAAUUGGAAGAUCCUGAUAAAUUCAAAUGUGAUAUCUGUCACAAGAGUUUUGUCAACAGUCACGGGGUGCAGAGACACAAGCAAGAGAUCCAUUUGCCAGAUGAGUUGAAGAUUUACCAUUGCGAUCGGUGCCCGAAGAAGUUCGCGAAAGAAACACAGCUUGCGUUCCACUUGAAGGGUCACGUGAACUUGGACAAUGCUACGGCCAAAUGUGAACUCUGCGAAAAAAUUUUUCCAACGGAACCUCUGCUGAAAACUCACGUUAAAAUUCGCCACACGCGUCCCACUGACUUUAUCUGUGAUGUAUGCGCCAAAGGAUUUUACUCGAAGGCGGAAUUUCUAAGGCACAAAAAAGAGCACGAGCUGAGCCCAGCCGAACUUCGCGUUCAGUGCGACGUUUGUCUGCAGUGGCUCAAAAACCGAGUCAGCUGGCGGAAGCAUUAUCGCCGCCACAACCAAGGACCGGCAGCGUGUAAUUUGUGCGACCACAUAUCGCCCAACCGAACGGCCUUGGCAGGACAUAAAAGGCAUCGUCAUAGCGACACAGCUAUCAGCCAUGUGUGUAAAGAGUGCGGCAAGGAAUUCAAGCGGGCAAUCUCCCUCAAGGAGCACAUGGCUUCGCACACUGGCGAGGCGCUCUACUCGUGCACUUUCUGCAGUCGCACGUUCAACUCGAACGCGAAUAUGUUCUCCCAUCGGAAAAAAAUGCAUCCCCAGGAGUGGCUCGAGCAGAAAAAUGCCCAAAAGGCGGCGCAGCAGGGCGUUCCACGGAACGGACAGUGAGGGGUACGGAAACUUUUUGACGAAGAACUACGUUUUGCAUCUCUGUACUGGUGUGUAAGUUCUAAAUUAAAAAAAAUAUCUCUGCCAGCUAAACGAAGUGGUAUGAUAUUCACUAUAUUCGAAAGAAAAAAUGUCCAAGAGUUAUAUGCAUGUUAAUUUUUGAUCCGAAGACUUGUUUCACUAUAUUUAUAAAACAGACAAUUCGUGUAAUUUCAAAUCAGUAUAUAAGCUGAUGCCCGCUCGGAAAUCCCCUCUCGGAGAUGAAUGACCUUCCGGUUAAAGUUCUUUCAAAAAUGAGAGGGUUUUAUCUAUGAUAUAACGCCAUAGCUGACGUAGGAC